AUGUCUAGAAAUAUAGGAGACUUUACUUUCAAUUCUAACGAAUAUAUUGGAUAAGGUACUUUAGGGAAAGUAAGAUUAAUUUAUUGAAAAUUAGUUACAUCAAGGCAUAAAUAAAAAAAAUGGCCAAGAAGUUGUUUUAAGAUUAUUAUAAAAAUCAUUACUGAAAGAUGAUAAUAUAAUGUCAGCAGCUUUGGCAGAGGAGAUGGCUCUUAUGCAAAAACUAAAACACCCAAAAAUUAAUCCUAUAAUAGAUGUUAUUGAAUCUUAAACAUUUUUUUAUGUAGUCUGUCCUUAUCGAUAAUCUAAUUUGCAAACGUAAUGUUCCAGUUUAGUAUUAGGAUUCUUUAAAAGUAAAUUAAAUUGUCUGAAGCAGAAACAAUAAAACUCAUCAAUGAUCUUAUUGAUGGCUUUUCAGAAUUAAUUAAACAAGGUAUAAUCCAUAGAGAUUUAAGACCGAGCAACAUCCUUUAUGAAAAUGGAUCCUAUAUUAUUUCAGGUAUGCUUUAAUGAUUUAUCAAUAUAGAUCCUGGUUUUAUAUAGACGAUAGAAAGUUUCAAGAGAGACAAUAAGACCAAACCCCAACAAUUUUAUUAUUCAUCUCCAUAAGUACUUGAGAAUAAGGCUAACUAUUCAAAUAAAUGCGAUGUUUGGUCAUUAGGUGUGAUUAUAUAUGAAUGUCUUACUGGAGUAUUACCUUUUCAAACUUCAAGUGUGGAAGAGUAUUUAAAAGUUUGUCGAUCAAAAAAGAUUGAAUUUCAAUAGGGUUCGAUGACUGGGGGCAUGAAGUCAUUUAUUGAAGGUUGCUUAGUAUAUUAAGAAGGUACUUGAUAUUUGAAAUAAAUCAUAGAGAAAAGAAUGGAUUGGACAAAAUUAUUGAGGGAUCCAAUUAUAAGUGCUAAGUUGCAAAACAAAAAUGAAGAAAUUGGCAAGGAUAAUAAAAAAUAUUUAAUGACUCAAAUAAGAUAGAAGAUAAUCAAAAAGAACCUAGAUUUGUAGGAAGUUUAUGAGAGGAUAGACGAAAAUCAUAAUGGUUUAUUAGAUUUUGAUGAAUUUACUGCAUUUAUAAGUAUGAUUGACAAAAAAGUGACAAGGGAAGAUUGUUACUAUAUAUUCUAAUAAAUAGAUAAGGAUGGAAGUAAUAGUAUCUCAUUUGACGAAUUUAAAGUAUGGAUUAGUAGUAAUAAUAAUAGAAUGGCAUUUUUUAAGAUUAAUAAACCAGAUAAUGUACAAAAUAAUAAAUUAAAUAAUAACCCAAUUUAAUAACCUAAAAAUAGUAAAUUAAAUCAACCAUAAGAAUAAUAUCAAUAAAAUCAGGUUAAUUAAUAGAUUCCAUACUAAUAACCAUUAAAUUAUUAAUAGUAAUAAUAACAGUAAUAAUAAUAAUAAUACUAAUAAUAAUAAUAAUAAUAAUAAUAAUAAUAAUAAUAAUAAUAAUAAUAAUAAUAAUAAUAAUAAUAAUAAUAAUAAUAAUAAUAAUAAUAAUAAUAAUAAUAAUAAUAAUAAUAAUAAUAAUAAUAAUAAUAAUAAUAAUAAUAAUAAUAAUAAUAAUAAUAAUAAUAAUAAUAAUAAUAAUAAUAAUAAUAAUAAUAAUAAUAAUAAUAAUAAUAAUAAUAAUAAUAAUAAUAAUAAUAAUAAUAAUAAUAAUAAUAAUAAUAAUAAUAAUAAUAAUAAUAAUAAUAAUAAUAAUAAUAAUAAUAAUAAUAAUAAUAAUAAUAAUAAUAAUAAUAAUAAUAAUAAUAAUAAUAAUAAUAAUAAUAAUAAUAAUAAUAAUAAUAAUAAUAAUAAUAAUAAUAAUAAUAAUAAUAAUAAUAAUAAUAAUAAUAAUAAUAAUAAUAAUAAUAAUAAUAAUAAUAAUAAUAAUAAUAAUAAUAAUAAUAAUAAUAAUAAUAAUAAUAAUAAUAAUAAUAAUAAUAAUAAUAAUAAUAAUAAUAAUAAUAAUAAUAAUAAUAAUAAUAAUAAUAAUAAUAAUAAUAAUAAUAAUAAUAAUAAUAAUAAUAAUAAUAAUAAUAAUAAUAAUAAUAAUAAUAAUAGUAAUAAUAAUAGUAAUAAUAAUAGUAAUAAUAAUAAUAAUAAUAGCUAAUAAGCUAAUAAUAAUUAUUGAAUUAAUAUCCAAUCAAUUCACCAAAAUAAAAAUAAUUAUAUACCUAAGUUUAACCUUAAAUGUUUCCUUAAUCUCAAAUAUCAAGUUCCGGGUCUUUUCCAGCUGGUGCAGGUUUUGGUAGAAGUGAUAAAUUAGAAAGAGCAAUUUUAAUAAUAAGAAAUUCUAUUAAAUUAAAGUAAAUAGAUAUUUUAAGUUUAUUCUAAUAAUCCGAUUACGAUAAAGACAACUUCUUAAAUUUCUUAGAAUUUAGUCAAUUAAUUUGGAGUUUAAAUAAUUAAUUAACAGUUGAAGAAAUUUCUGACUUAUUUAAGGUGUUUAAUUUGAAUAGUGAUGAAUAUAUAUCAUUUGUGGAAUUCCGUUUAGUUAUCAAUUUGGCAAAUGAAAAGAAAUAAAUUCCAUCUUAAUAAAUUCCAAUGAACUAACCUUUUUAAUAAAAUAAUAAUAAUUAUAACACUUCAAUUUAGCAACCAAAUAUUUAAUUUAGAGGAAAUAUUCAAUAGCCAAACCAAAACAAUUAUUUGUUUUAAAACGAUUAAUUUAAUCCACCCCAAAACUAUUAAAAUCACUAGUAUGUUCCUAACUAAGGGAUUAACAAUAAUAAAAUUUAAAAGAAAUAAAAUGAUGCUUUAUUAUUGGAAAUGUUGAAUUAAAAAUAAGCAAAAAAAGAUUAGAAGAAGAAAGAAAGAGAAAGGGAGGAAGCUAAAAAACGACAAUAAAAUCAAUUCUUACCUAAAGAAGAUAAUCAUCAAUUACAAUAGGUUUAAAUAUUAAGAACUUCUAAAUUAAAAUAACAGGAUAAAUAAAAAUCAAUUUUAGAAACACCAAAAUAUCCUAAAGAAAAUAUAAGCUCAUAAAAUAAAAUACCUUCAUCUCGCCCUUCUCCUCAAAAUGAUAAAAGAAAGGCUGAGCAACCAUUAAUUACUUAUUCUUAACCUAAAAAUUAAGAGGAGAAUUAGAAUCAACAAAAGUCUUCUACUUAGAAUGUGAAUUAAUAAAGAUAUUUGACAGAUUAAUAUUAUAAUACAAUAGGUUCUAAAUUGGAUCAAGAAUUAGCUGAGAGUACCAAUAUAAUUCAGACAUCUUCAAUUCCAAAUUUUAAUAAUAAACCCUACAGGAAAGUGUUAGAUGAAAAAAUAGAUAAGUUUUAUUAUUCAAGUAGAUGA